UGGUUCAGACUUCAGACAGCAGGCUCUACUCGAAAUAAUGGCGUCGGCCCUGCUCUCCCCUUCUCUCAAGCUUCCAAGCUCAACAAUGGCCUACGACGCCAUGAAGAAGAAUAAGAUGUACUUGAGAAGGAGAAGAGUAAGAGUCAUGGCAGCUGCUUCUGAGAACAACAGCAGUGGGAAAAGGACAGAAGACGAUAAGCCUGCCUUCAAUCCUUUCGGUUUCGUCACGGAUAAUCCGUCCAGCCGAGGAGCUAUUCAGCUUCCCGAGAGCCCUGCCGAGGAUGGGAAUGUUGGGCAGAUGCUCUAUAGGAUAGAAGACAAGGGGAAGGAGUAUGGUUCUUAUGUCAAAUCAGGGAAGUUUAGAUGGUUUGUGAGAGAAACAGGAUCCCCUGGGAGCCGACGUGGCACAAUUGUUUUCAUUCAUGGGGCUCCAACACAGUCUUAUAGCUACCGGGUGGUCAUGGCUCAGAUGGCCGAUGCUGGCUUCCAUUGCUUUGCACCUGAUUGGAUUGGAUUUGGCUUCAGUGAUAAGCCCCAGCCAGGAUAUGGAUUUAACUAUACAGAGCAGGAAUUCCAUGUAGAAUUUGAUAAAUUACUUGAAGUCCUGGGCAUUGAAUCUCCAUUUUUUCUCGUAGUUCAGGGAUUUCUUGUAGGUUCAUAUGGAUUGACCUGGGCCUUGAAAAACCCAAGCAGAAUUUCAAAGCUUGUAAUUCUUAACAGUCCGUUGACAAAUGCAUCUCCUACUCCUGGAUUGUUUCAAAAGCUGAGAAUUCCACUCUAUGGUGAAUUUACAUGCCAAAAUGCUGUUAUGGCUGAGCGCUUUAUUGAAGCAGGUAGCCCAUAUGUACUGAAGUUGGAAAAAGCUGAUGUGUAUCGCUUACCAUAUUUAGCAAGCAGUGGACCUGGAUUUGCUUUGCUUGAAGCUGCAAGAAAAGCUAAUUUUAAAGACAUAUCAAGCCGAAUAGCAGCUGGAUUUUCCUCUGGAAGGUGGGACAAACCAAUACUGCUUGCUUGGGGCAUAUCAGACAAGUAUUUGCCUCAAUUAGAAGCGGAGCAGUUUCAAAGAGAAAAUUCUACUGCUGUCAAGCUUAAGUUGAUAGAAGGUGCAGGACAUAUGCCACAAGAAGAUUGGCCUGAGAAAGUUGUUGAUGCUUUAAGAGUAUUUCUUUAAAGUGAAUGUGAGUAUAGCAACGAACGCUGCUAUCUUUAUGAUGGGCAUACAAAGAUUGCUAAUACCAAAGUUUUAGUGCUAUGGUGAAGGAUUUUACAUGGUGUAGCAGUGGCGGAGGAAGCAAUCUAACUGGCAAAACAGCUCUUCUUUAGUUUUGGCAUUUUGUAUGUAAAACAUGUAUAUCUUCUUAGACUAUGCCAUCCUUGAACAUUUUUUCCAAAUAUAUAUUGUGAUGAUGCGCAAUAGUCAAAUAUAUCCAUUCUAUCA